AUGGUGUUGCCGCAGCCAGACAAACGCCACGUGUGCCUGACCACCAUGGUGAUCAUGACCAGCAUGGCCUUCAUGGACGCCUAUCUGGUAGAGCAGAACCAGGGGCCCAGGAAGAUCGGAGUGUGCAUCAUCGUGCUGGUGGGAGACAUCUGCUUCCUCAUCGUGCUGCGAUACGUGGCAGUGUGGGUAGGGGCUGAGGUGAAGACCGCCAAACGCGGCUACGCCAUGAUACUCUGGUUCCUCUACAUCUUCGUCCUGGAGAUCAAGCUCUACUUCGUCUUCCAGAACUACAAGGCGGACAGGAAAAGCCUGGAGACGGUGGCCCGGAAGGCUCUAACCUUACUCCUCUCCGUAUGCGUCCCGGGGCUAUACUUGGUCCUGGUGGCUCUGGACAGCAUGGAAUACGUGAGGACCUUCAGGAAAAAGGAGGACAUGCGGGGGAAGCUGUUCUGGGUGGCCCUGGACCUGCUGGAUGUUCUGGACAUCCAGGCCAACCUGUGGGAGCCCCAGCGGACCGGCCUGCCCAUCUGGGCCGAGGGACUGAUGUUCUUUUACUGUUACAUCCUGCUCCUAACCCUGCCCUGCGUCUCCCUCUCUGAGAUCAGUGUCCAGGGGGAGCACGUCUCUCCCCAGAAGAUGAUGCUGUACCCUGUUCUUAGUCUAGUUACUAUAAACAUAGUCACGAUCUUGAUCCGCGGGGUUAACAUGGUGCUGUUCCAGGAUAGUAGGGUGUCUACCAUCUUUAUAGGGAAGAAUGUGGUGGCUAUAGCCACAAAAGCCUGUACGUUCCUGGAGUAUAAGAGGCAGGUGAAGGAGUUCCCCCCACAGGACCCUAGCAUGGCAGGUAUAGCCCUGGAGCUGCAUCAAGGGAACUCUGUGGGUCACAGCCACGGGCACAACCAGACCCUGCCCAAUGCCACCACUAGCCUCUCUGACGAACCAUCACCGACCGAGGUCAUAGACACAUGA